UCCUUAUUGUUCAGUGUAAAUGGUCUACAUCACUCUAGUGAAUCAAAGGGGCGGGAUCUGCUUAUCUUUCACUGCCUUCCCUUCUGCAGUCGUUUGGGUGUUUGUUGCCACGUCUCCCUUUUCCUGCCUCCCCGCUCCAGUCUUUCUCCCCCUCCAGACGUUGGCCUGAGACCCACUGGCGGCUCUUUGCCCUCCCGCAUUCAGACAGCGGUGCCCGUAAAUUAAUGGCGGCCGCUUCGGAGGAGGAGAUCGACCGCCGGCCCAUCAGAAGAGUCCGGUCCAAGAGCGAUACCCCGUACCUCGGCGAGGCUAGCAUCUCCUUCAGCCUGGAGACAGCUGAGGAAGUGGAAAGACUGGCGGCAAUGCGCUCUGAGUCCCUCGUACCCGGGACCCACACUCCUCCCAUCCGCAGAAGAAGCAAAUUCGCCACCCUGGGGCGGCUCUUCAAACCCUGGAAGUGGAGAAAGAAGAAGAGUGAGAAGUUCAAGCAGACCUCCGCAGCUCUGGAACGCAAGAUAUCCAGCAGGCAGAGCCGGGAGGAGCUGAUCAAGCGUGGCGUGUUGAAAGAGAUCUUCGAGAAAGACGGUACAAUCCCCGUAACAAAGGAGGACGGGAAGUUAGAGAAUGGGCAGUCACCCAUAGCAACGGCCAGCCCGUUAGAUUGCGACGUCUGUCAGGUGCUCUCCCGCCCCGAGCUCAUGGACAGCACGGGGACAGCCUCCAUGGAGUACCAGAUGUCGGCCAAGGUGGGCACUUGUCCGGUGGACCACGCUGGGAAGUCAUCCGUACUUUUCGCCGGCCCCAAGAAAACCGCCGCCUUUCCUGGUGAUGGCCAGGACACGCCCAUCAAGCAGCCCCCCUUUGCCAAGCAGCCCCCGGCCCUUCCCCCGAAGCCCUUCACAAGGUUGCCCAAUCACAUCGCUGACCCAGGUCAGCCCGUAAAGAUGCCAUGCAUGGUGGGCAGGCUCUCCCCGCCUCUGCCCCCCAAGAAGGUGGUGAUCUGCGCCCCUCCAGGAGGUUUGGAGCCCCUGUUCCCCACCUUCUCCCAGAAGUGCCCCUCAACGCAGCCCCCGGGCACCCACCAUGGUGGCCUGCUGCCCUCCCUCCAGGGGGCGCCUUCUUCGGCCGUGCUUCAGUACAGUACGCUGCCCGUCCCCGUGCACCCACCCAGCCGCGUCAUCGAGGAGCUCAACAAGACACUGGCACUGACCAUGCAGCGGCUGGAGAGCUCUGCGCUGCAUGUGAUCCCCGCGGUUGUGCUUGAUUGCGAGGACGACAAGGAGAACAUGCCGGACGAGUCUGAUUACGAGGACCUGCCCUGCAUGUACAAGGAUGAGGAUGAGGAGGACGAGGAAGACGACGAUGGUGAAGAGGAGGACGAUGAUGACGACGACUCCCUUUUCACGAGUACGCUAGCGCUGAAGGUACUCAGGAAGGACUCUCUGGCCAUCAAGCUGAGUAACCGGCCGUCACAGCGCGAGCUGGAGGAGAAGAACAUCCUGCCCAUGCAAACAGACGAGGAACGCUUGGAGGCACGGCAGCAGAUCGGCAGCAAGCUGACGCGGAGACUGAGCCAGCGGCCCACAGCGGAGGAGCUCGAGCAGAGGAACAUUCUCAAACCAAGGAAUGAACAAGAGGAACAGGAGGAGAAAAGGGAGAUUAAGCGACGGUUGACACGAAAGCUAAGCCAGCGGCCUACGGUGAAGGAGCUGAGGGAGGCCAAAAUCCUGAUCCGUUUUAGUGACUACGUGGAGGUGGCCGAUGCCCAAGACUACGACCGGAGGGCGGACAAGCCCUGGACACGCCUCACCGCGGCUGACAAGGCUGCCAUUCGGAAGGAGCUGAACGAGUUCAAAAGUACAGAGAUGGAGGUCCAUGAGUCAAGUCGACACCUGACCAGGUUCCACAGGCCUUAAAAGCCUUCUGUACAGAACCCUGUUAUGGGAUCCCCCUCAGACUCACUCAGAACUGUUGUAUAUCGUGGUCUGAAUGAGGUCUGUACUGCUAGCCCAGGAUAGUCCACAACAUCCAGUACAGACCUUUCAGCAGGACUGACCCUGUAAAGUGACCCCCCUGGUUGGAGAGCAGUGGAGGAGGCGGGUCCUGUUGGGGGAGGGGAGGGUGAUCUGUUUCAUUCUGCUGGCUAGCCAUCGUGGCAAUCCACACUCCUGCCAGCAUGGAACUGUCUCCCUUGCCCUCGCUGACGACACCCCCAGACCAGAGAGAUGGACACCAAGAAGGCAGAUGUCUGGAAUUCCUGUGCAAUACUCCUUCCCACAGCAUGACGGUGCUCUUCCCCUGACACACCCCCCCCCCCAAUCGUUUACAGCAGGGGUGUCAAACUCCAGUCCUGGGGGGCUGGAGCCCUGCACAUUUUUGGGUUUCCCUCACUUAACACACCUGAUUCAACUUUUUGUGCUAAUUACCACACAGCUCUUGAGCCGAAUCAUUUGUGGUGGAACAGGGAAAGAAUUAAGCUACACAGGGCUCCGGCCCCCCAGGACUGGAGUUCGACACCCCUGGUUUACAGCAUGCUACAAGGGGAAAAGUGGGAAUCUGGACCCACUCUGGCACCUGCUGUCUGCUCUGUGACCAUACUGCUACUGUUCAUGUGUCCUGGUAACUGAGAUACAAAACUAAUAUAUAUAUAUUUUUUAAAUCUACAUUUCUGUACGGCCAUUACUGACGGUACUGAAGGAAAUGUCACGAGUUUAAUGCAAGAGUUCAGUGUAACCUCUUUUGUUGAUAAAAAAAUAAAUAAAAAUACCAACUUCAUAGCACUUUCAAAAAUCACGCCCUGUAACACCGCAAUCUGAACUGUGCCUUUGCUCUUUAAACCACUUUGGCAUAGUGUACAGAACUCUGGCUUCAGCUGAGAGGGUCUUUCUAAAAUCUAACUGCCCUUUCCCUGAUCUUCCAGUUAGGGGUGCCCAACACUUCCACAAGCAUUUACGUACAAUGUGCACACCUCUCACGUUAAGCAUUUUUACCCUCAGUCUGUUUGCCACAUAAGUUAUGUUGACACUAUCUUUUCAGUGUGUGUCAUUAAAUAGUUUGUAUUAAAUAUAUAUAAUUCCAUUUCAUGAUGGCAUAAUGUGGCACCUGCUUUACUAUUGACGCAUUUCCACUGGUAUAUAGGAACCGGGCCGUACCGGACCCAUACCACGAAGAGACAGUGACAUAAGAGAAAAAGAGACGUUUAUUUACUGUUCACAAGGCAUACCUCAUGAUUUACUAUGUGCUCAUUUCCUCUAUGUCAGGGGAAUCCCUUGGAAAUGUUAAUUACAUCACGGUUUUGAGUACAUUUGUUUUGCCUUCCGGAAGCUUCUGUGAUAGAUCAGGUGAGACCGUGUUUGUGGCGACCCUGAGGGCUGAAUCUUCUGCAGGCGUUUCAUGCCAUGUGGUUACUGCCAGCACAGUGGGUGGAUUCAUUUGAUAGGAGCAGUAAUUUUUUUUAAAUGAUUCUGCCUGCCUACUUCAUGUCUGAAUAUGCAUCUGCAUAAAUAUGAAACUGCCUCGGAAUGUUAAGACACCGUCGCUGUGGUUGCGUGAAUCACUUCUCUGGAUUUAGUGUCUCGAGUUACUUUGAUAAACAUGUUACAUCCUAACAAACUAAGCAAUAAUUUUCAUUUAGGGUUUAUUUGUUUAUGGUGUAAGAAGCUAAUUAGUCUUGAGGAGCACCACUAGGACUAAGCACCACAUUAACAGGCAGCUUGCCACCUCUGCAGUAAAUAUCACCAGGGUGUUUACUUGUCUCCCAAGUCCAAAAAUAGAAAGUGAAGUCCCCGUUGACAGGAUCGCCAUCUUAGUCACUCUAGUUUGUACCUUUGCCUGUCAUAUUGUCACUUUGAAAACUGAAAGGGGGGGGGGGUUGUGGUUGCCUCUGUUUUAUUCUCUUUUCCUGUUUACCACUGAACACUUGCAGAACAGUUGAUCACUAGAGAAUUUCCGUUACCAGUUCCCUCUGAUCUGAGGACUUACUACUGUAAAAAUCCAUCUUUGUCUUCUGUUGUAACUUCAGUAUCAAAAUUAGGCAGCAUUUGUCAUUGCCCCCCUCCCCAGUGCUCAAAUUGCCUUUCCUGCGGUAUACAGUUGCCCUUUUUUUUAGCACGUUAACCAGCCAGACGUCAGAGGAUUUGUGCUGGUGGGGUGUAAGGAUGUGACCCCCUCCAUCACAGAAACCUGGCCACGUUCUCUGGGAGACCAUGUGACCCAGGCCAGCAUGAGUGGUAAAUCCCUGUCGAACCUCCCCACUUCCUCCGCAGAGGGACAGCCUGUUUUCAGUCUGCCACAUGUAACUGCCAUUUAAUAGCCUGGAGUCUAGCUGCGAUUCCCCUUAAUUUGUGUUAAGCCCAGCUGGAAAUUCUGCUGGAGCCCAAAGCCAAGUAAUAUGUUGUUACAAUUAUUUUUCAAAGAUGUCAUGACACAGCUCACCCCUUGAAACAUUUUCUGUUUAACCCAAAUUGUGGCAGGUGUCUCAUUGCCACCAAAACGACUGAUUUGCUAUGUUGUUUCCUGUUAACCUUCUUGAUGAACCGGAUGGUGGUGCGUUUCCCCCCCACAUGUCUGACGCCACGAGCACCAUGUACAUUAUUAUGUAAUGGAAUGCCACACACAUUUCUGACCUUUGCCACUGUGUGAGUGGGGGGAUGUUUACCACCGCUAGUCACAACGCUGUCCCUUUAAGGCAGUGGUUCUCAAACUCGGCCCUCGGGCCCCACUGCCCUACUUGUUUUCCGUCUAUCCCUGCCCCACACACAAGUCCCAGCUGUCUUUCAGCUUCUGAUUGACUGAACACACCUGAUCCAGGUAAUCAGCAGUGUGUAGGGCAGGGAUAGCUGGGAAACAAGCAGGGCAGUGGGUCCCGAGGACCAAGUUUGAGAAGCACUGCUUUAAGGCGUCAUGAAGCAGUAGCUCGAGCGGGGGCAGUAAAACAUGACCCAAGAUUGGGCCAGUGACAGAGUUCAACACAUCAUGAAGGAUGGGUCUAAGUACUCAUUAGAGGGUCUGGAAAACUUUUUCAAUUUGUACAGCUGUCUCUGUAUAGAAGCAAUGGUUUGACUGUACUGUAAGAGAUUCUGGAUUUAUGUAAAUAGCAGAGUACCCAGGUCUCUAAGCAUCUUGUACAUUUUGGCCUUUUUGUACAGACUGAAACUGCAUGGAAACAUUUAACUUACUGUCUGUCUAUAAUGAUGUAUGCAGUUUCUUGUAUAAAAGAAACCUUAUUAAAUAUGUUUUUAAAUAAA